GCUAUAUUGGGACAACGCCAUUGUUUUGCUAAUGCACCAGGCUUCACUUGGCGGAUUUUUAAGCGUACAAUUUUAUUUAAACUUCGCAGGUUUGAGGAUGGUGCAGAACUACAAACAGGCGCCUGGAGUGAGUUCAGCAUCCAACAGUGAUGAGUUCCUCACACCAGCACAUGAGGAGAACGUCCGCUUCAUCCACUACACCUGGCAGUGUGUGAUGAGAGAGAUGCAGUCCUUCCAGGGAACUGAAAACAGCAAUAAGGGACCUCAGAAGUACGUGGAGAGAACACCAAACCCCGGCCUGAGCUCUUUCACGCCGGUGGAUUUGAACAACGUGAGACGAAGGAACGCUCAGGACUCCAAGAAGUCGUAAUCCCAACGCCGUCACGGCUCGUGUGCGUCUCCGCCGAGCACUUUCUGUUUUCUGUUAUUUAAACGGACGUUACUUUAAUCCGAGGCAUGUGGUGUGUCGUGAGCUCGGUGUUUACUCCGCACUUUAUUUUCUGAGGUGAAGUUUAAAGCCACUGCGUUCUUCACUCGAUCGUUCUGUUUCUGACGUCAGGUCGACGAUUCGCCAUCCAGCCGUUUAGCCCUCAAAUGUUAUUCUACAGAAUUACUUAAUAACGUAAAUCUCCUUUUAUUGUGUUUAGACUUUUAUUUUCUUCUCUUAUUAACUCACUUCCUGUUUAUUAGAAUAACCUGUUUAUUUUGUCAGUAAAAUCAGUGGAUAUUUAUUUUGGAACAACCUUCUUUACUCUGCAGACGUCGUCACGUCGGAUUUAAUGACGUCGCUGUUUCCCCAUAAUAAACACCUGUAUUAUAUUAUAUUAAUUA